UGUUGAAAUUUGAAUGAUAAAAAACAACAACAAACAAUUUGGAGAAUUUGAAAUAAUUUGAAUUGGGCGUGAAAAAGGCAUUGGUGAAAACUGAAAUGUACGAUUUGGUCAAAUCCAUCAGAUUACUUCGCAUUACUGCCGUACCAGAAUCUUAAUGAGUUUUUCUUCCUUCCAAUUGAUAGCAUUUUUUUCCACUUCGGUUUAUGUAAAGCCAUCAUGAGUGUAGCAUUGUUGAGCAUAGUACUUCUCUCUAUGAUAUAUGAAAGCUCUGCCGUUAUAAAUUGCUAUCAAUGUGUCAGUACUGACUUGCAUAAUCCAUUUCAAUGUAACGAAUACAUGGAGGAUUCAGAUUUGAGACCCACACCAUGUGAUUCCGUUUAUAAUGCCGCUUACUGCAUUAAACAAACUGGAAGGUUCGAAGGUGGCUUAGGUACGAAAAGAUACUGUUCUUCGUUAGAUCUGGGGAAUUAUUGUAAUUAUAUUAAACAACCCGGAGACGAUUUGGAAUAUCGGUCUUGCGUGUACACCUGCGAUACCGAUGGAUGCAAUAAUUCUAAUGCACUGAUGGCCAGUUCGAGCUGCAUUAUGCUAACUUUAGCAUACUAUAUUUUACUGUAAAGUGAAUUUUCCCAUCAUCUGCGAUUCAAUGAGUGUAUGUUUCCAUUUACAAAGACUGCGAACACGUACCGUACGUUUUAAUUAUCUCACUUUUGUACCGAUCUGUUUUUUAUUCUACAUAAUUCAUUAUGUAUUCUUUUGCGUUAUUUAUGCUGUGACAUUCGUAUUACUUUCGAACAUUUUCAACCUUACCGUUUUUUAAUUUACGUAAUACACACUCGUAAUCUCAUCAUUACACCUCUGUCGCUAGAUGCAAAAUGUACGUCAUUAUGAGCGACCUACGUCGGGUCAAACACGUACAUAAUGAGCGUAUUAUAUCCCUAGUGUUAUGUGGCAACGCCGCGAAACUCGUCAUUACGUUCGCGUUACGUUUGGACAUAAUUUAACAAAUUUAACCGGUGAAGUUUGGUCACUCAUAGACGCACAUUUUUUGCAUCUAAACAACAGAAGUGUAAUAAUGGUGAGGUUACGAGUGUUCAUUAUGUAAAGCACCUUACACUACACGAUUAAUAAAGUGUGUAAUUAUGAACUCGUGCAAAGUUACAGCGCUCGUCUUCGACUCGCGCAGUAACUUUGCACUCGUUCAUAAUCACCCACUUUAUUAAUCUAGUAAUGUAAUGUACUAUUAUUGUUGCGUAAAUAUUUCAACCACCUGUAAUCGAUGUUUUUUCUAUUUUUAAGAAGAUUGAUUUUAGAUGAGAGUAUCAUAUUGAUUCAUAUUUCGUAAUCUUAAGAACCUAUCUGGUGUUAUGUAGCUAGGCGUGGAUCUAAACUUAUCUACACAGUAUUUUCCCUGCCAAUUUCAAAUAUUAUUCAAUCGUUCUUAAUAAGUAUCUUUGUUAUGCUGUGGCAUGAAUCCGUCCAAAUAUUUUAAUUAUGGUACCUAAUUAUCGAAUGUCUAAUGCGCUGAUCGCUAGUUCGAGGUGCGUUUAUUUUACUGUAAUCUGAAUUUUCUGAUAAUCUGCAAUUCUAUUACCCAGAUGCGAAUGUUGCCGAAAUUUUAAUUACUUUUCCUUCGCGCCGAUGUGUUUUGUAUUAUUUAUUUUUUCUUAAUGUCUUAUGUAUGCCGAGAUGUUCAUCCGUUUCAACAUUUCCGACCUUCACUCUUGAAAAUUUGCAUCAAUCUAAAUCUUCCCACCAUGCGUAAUGCGUAUGUAUUUAUUUUUUUAAUGCUUCGUAGGAUUAUAAACUGAUUUAAUAUUAAGUACAUAUGACCUGAUCAACAGUAUUGUCCCUAUCAAUCUCAAGUAUUAUUUAUCAUGUGACUUGUGUCCGUCCAAUUAUUUUAAUUAUUGAAUAAAUAUUUUUGUAUUUUUA